UUUCACUACUUAGAUGGAAGGCAAUAUCUAAUGGAUCAACUGAGAUCGUCAUCCCGGGGAGUAAGGCAACACUGGCUUUUGUAUAACAUAACUUAUACAAAAGCCUGGCACUGGCUUUUGUAUAACAUAAAUUGAAAAUAGACAUAUCCUUCUGUGUUGACAGUAAACUUGAAUUCUAUUUUAUUACACCACUGAAGGACGCGAUAUGCAGGCUGUCAUUACAACAGCUUCACUUUUCUUCACUGCGUUGGGUUUGGCUACGGGAUUCCACGGAAAAAGAAACUUUUUUGUCGUAGCCGUCGCCUCCCAAGAAAUACUUUAUGGAAAGCAGGGUAUACUAAAUGUAACGUACACUAACUUAUUUAUAGAUCUCAACAUGACAGUAGUGCUCACGAAGAAAGAUGUCAUAAAAGUAAGUGCCGAAAGUAUCAGCCUCGGCCAAACGGGGCAAAUAGCUGGCCUAUAUAACAACAGCAACGAAACAAUUUCAGCAACACUGAAAUUGUACCGCAGAAGUUUUGAUCUUUCUUUUACAGCAACUGAAAUUGGAAGAACAUUACUAAAAUUGCGUUUUACAACAGUAAACGGGAGUAAGGUUCACCCAUUCGUAUCACCCUCGGAUUGCAACAUCACAGUUGUGAGAGAGAGGACGCUUGUUCAAGACAUUUUGUUUUGGAUACAAAAAGCUUUGCUGGCGUUGCUCACGUUUCUGAUGGGUUGCAUUGUCCAGUGGGACUGUGUGAAAGAACUACUUCGCAGACCUAUUGAUAUUGGCAUUGGAGUUUUUUGCCAAUGCGUCUACAUGCCAGUGUUUGCUUUCGCCUUUAUGAAUGUGUUCCUGCUGCCCCUUGACUGGAGCCAAGGCCUACUUCUUUAUGGCCUGUCCCCUGGGGGCGUUCUAGUUAACGUGGCCAGUUUGCUUCAAGACACGAUUGUGGAGCUCAGUGUCAUUUUGAUUAUCAUCAAUACGCUGUUGACGUUUGGCACACUGCCAUUGUUGGUGUUUAUAUUCAAAGACUACCUUGGAGGCGACAUCACGUACGCCAACCUCUCCUUUACUUUCUUGCUGCUACCCUUGGUGCUAGUUACCAUUCCUUUAGUCCUAGGGGGACUCUUACAGCAUGGACGUCCAGCGGUACGGCAAAGGGUUCUAAAAGCACUUAACCCCAUAAGUUUGACCGUCUGUGUGAUAAUAAUAGGAUUCCAAGUUUAUGACAAUUUGUACAUUUUCCGUUUUCUGAGUUGGAAAUUAUUUGGAUGUGCUGUAUUGAUGUUGGUAAGCGGUGCGCUGGCAGGCGGGCUGACGGGGUGGGUGUGUCAAAGAAAAUUCUUACAGGUUAAAACGGUCGCUAUUGCGACUGCUAUGCAGAACGGUGCUCUCGCCAAAGCGCUCCUAGGUGGGUCUCUGCCUCAGCCCGAUGCAGAUUUGGCAGCGGUUAUUCCCGCAUUUGCUUCACUGAUUACUUUAGUGAUAAUGCUGGUAGCUUACGUCGUACAUGUUCUUUUGAUAAAAUACCGACCUUACUACUUGCUUCAUGAUUUAAACAGAGCAAGAGCGUCGGCCUAUAAACUAUCGACAGAUGGAUCCGAGGUGCAAGAAAUGUUGGGCUCGGGUGAUAUAAUUCUCCAGGAACAACCUCUUGAGAGAAACAACAGUAAACAAACUAACAAAAUCCCAAUUGACAAUGAAGGUAAACGUCUGGAAAAGAUAGUUAAUAUUAAAGCGGAAAAGAUCAACAACACGGAAAUCGAAGUGGACAAGAUCCAAAAUUGUCUCCGCACAGGGAGUGAGAAGUCGAAAAAUGGAGACGGAAAAUCAGUUAAUUUUAUCGAGGAUAGGCACGAAAGUUUCAGUAAAAGACAAAACACUGAAGAAGCUCACAAAAGGCCCCCAGGAAAAGGUGACCCUGAUGAAGGAUAUACCCCCGAAGUGACUGCAAAAGAUUGUGAAACAAAUCAUGAAAGGGGUAUGGUCGAUAAAGAACAACUACCAACCAUCGAAAUAAUAGUCAGGGACACCGAUUUAAGUAUUUCAAAUCUACCAGACAUUUUGGCCUCACAGGAAAAGGGGUCGUUUAAUCUUGAUAACGAUGUUAAUACAACGCACGGGGUGAAUUUUCCUUUGGGUUUUAAUAAUGAACCAACUGAAAAAAGUAACUUAAAUCAGGAGUCGGACAGUGAAACGCAGUCCAGCACAAGCAUGGGAUGCACCGUGCUUAAAGAGCCUAUUCUAACAGACGACCAAACUGUAGGUAUGGGCUGUGGGGACAUCCAGUCAGAGACAAACAGACACAACGAAGAUAAAGACAUCACAACAAACAGUCCUGUUCACCAAAGAACUCAAUCCGUCGAGCUACAACGUUUAGAGUGCACUGUAAGUUUAGGAGGAGCAGAACCCGAAUGUAAUACCUACUUGUAA